CCCUAUCACCCUUCACUCACUUCACCACCAACACCUCUCUUAUCCUUCCUUCCCCAUUUCCUUUACCCCAAAACAAACACCAGAAACCAAAAACACAAAGCAAAGAAAAAGGAAAUGGGCAUCAGAAAACCAAACAAACUGGCUCAAACCGCAGUGCUCAAGCAAAUCCUGAAAAGAUGCUCGAGCUUGGGAAAGAAACAUGGCUACGACGAAGAUGGUCUUCCCAUUGAUGUCCCAAAAGGCCAUUUCCCAGUUUACGUUGGCGAGAACAGAACAAGGUACAUUGUUCCCAUCUCGUUCUUGACACAUCCUCAGUUCCAAUGCCUCCUCCGCCAAGCCGAAGAGGAAUUUGGCUUCGAUCACGACAUGGGCCUCACCAUCCCCUGCGAAGAAGAAGUUUUUCGAUCCCUAACGUCGAUGCUCAAAUGAUAUCAUUGGAUAUUUUCAAGGUCUAGAGAUUUGUGUGUGGGAUUUUCAUGGAGAAGAGAUGACCAAGAUGAAGCUUAGCUAGCUAGAUAGUCAUAGCUUCUCUCUUUUUUUUAACAUCAAUCUUGACCUUAAUUUGUGGGGUUUUUUUAUUUUUUAUUUUUUGGGGGUUGGGAGGAUUGUUUUGAACCCUUUUUAGAUGUUUGAUUGUUGACCCUAACUUGAAACCCAUUAAACAUAAAAUGGGUUUGGUUACAUUGUAAAGUUUGAGAUCCAUUUUACUCACAGAGGUAGAUUGUUAUGUUCCCUGUGAGACAAUUACUACUGUUUUUAAGGAAUUAAGGACAGCUAUAAGGCGACUGUUUGCCUUAAAAAUAGGCUUAUUUUUAACUAUGCCUCUUUUAAUCUCA